ACGAAGCGACUUCACAUUCGUUCCGCUCAUGCGCGAAAGCUGUGGCCAUGCUCUGCGCUAGGACGUGAGCUCUGUUGUGCCACGGCUGGCAUAAUCGCCGUCGCCACUGCUAGGGCUCCAUGUUGGCCUAUUGCUGCCUCGUAGUGCGUCUCUAUGCUGGACUUUGUGUGGCGUCUGUGGGUGCGUGUGUGUGUGUGUGGGCCUGCGCACUCGUGUGCGCGUCCGUGAGUUGUUUUGGAGCGCCGCUUUGCAGUAGCUACCAGAGACGGAGCCAACGAGAGCUCGUUUGUGAACCGCACCGACUGGCCUACGAAAUCGCUGUCGCUUAACGUUGCUCGAUUCAGUGUGUCUCACCGAGGCAGCGGCUCCGGUGUUACGCCAGUGGAGGCGUCGAGCCCGAUAGAGCAGAAAAGGAGCGCUAGUCGGCACAAAUGGAAUGAAAGGAACAACUGUUUGGCAAACGGCAGACACAAAGGGAAACGUCGUCUCCGAACGAUAGUUUUACCUAUUGUGCAUUGAUUAGCGUCGUCCAUGUUCAUUGUAACUGGUGACCUAGUUGCUAAUCUUGCUGCUGUCGUUUCGAUUUAACCGCCUGCUUGCCUAGUCAACUUUUCCGCUGUAUCGGACGCUGAAGUCGUUCACGAUAACAAUACUCCUUGAGCGCUCCGGCGUUCGGUUCCAUAUCCGCCUAAACACAAGCAAUUUAUACGGAAAUCGACGAUUUGAGAUGACGGUCAGGAUAGCUGCGGUGAUAAUCUGUCCGCUAGAACACGUCAAUGGGCCGCGCACGCAGCCACUAUAGGUUUUUGUCUGUGUCGUGCGCGGAAGAGACGCAACCGAUAGGUCUGUCCGUCCAAACCUGCUAGCGAUAUUCCGUUGCAAUGAGGAAAAUGGCUUCUGAUUAUAUACGACAUAUUCUACAAUAGGCGAGCAACGACGAAUGAAAUAAUAGUAGAAUGCGAACGUCAGGUUUGCAAAAUGAACCCAUUUACUUCAACCGAUGAGUCUGGCUGUUGUUAGGUGUUGUUCAGUGUAGUGUGAUCAACGAACUCAGAUGGGCGAUGCUGAGGUAACUGCGAAUGCUCGGUGUGUAUCUAUGUAAAGUAUAAGUGUUCAUAGAGAAGGUAACGGACAGUGUAUAACUAAGUACGCUUGUGGGAAGUUCUUUGCGUUGCGAAGCAACUCCUGGGAGACUCCCAAUUCAUCUCGCGGUCUCGUGUUGGUGGCUUGGGUGGAUCGCAUUCAUCGAUGUAUGGAGGAAGCUUCACCGAAAGAAUUCGAACGAACGACUUGUGGAAGUGUUGUUGAGUUGUGUGACAAAAAAAAGUAACAACAGCGACGUUUAAACUGAGCGCAAUACGUAAAUAUCGUCAAGUCAUUAGAACUUAUUUAGCAUGCAGAUCCAGUAGCUGUUGGUCUCACUGCUGCUGUGCCGUUCAUGGGACCAGUUCGGAGCGACACGAAAAUCGUAGCGCACAGCCCCUCUCGGUUACUGAAUUGCAUAUGGCAUUGGUAGCAGAAGCAAAAAAAAAAAAGAAGACAUCGACGAUUUAUUGGGAGGCUUAGUGCUUUGAACACUUGGUAGAGGGUAACAAGAAGCAGCGACGGAUAAGGGCCGGGAACAGAAAAACGAGUCCCACAUGAGACGAUAGAAGAAAGGCAAACAUGUAGACAACCGAGAUGGUCCUUUUGAACGCCAUCCUGCGAAGGCAGGAUCGCCGUCGACUGCUUCGCAGUAUGGAGCAGCUUGACAAGCCCUCGACAUCUGGCUAUUCGGAGGGUCAUGAUAAUCCCGCCUGCCAUGAUCUCGUCGAGGUUGAGACUGAUAAAACUGGCAGUGAUGUCGUCAUCGUAAAAAGGGUCGUUGCAAUUCAUUCAGACUUUCCCGAGACGAACCCCGCGGUCAGAACUGCGACCGUAGCAGCAGCAGUAUCGAAGCCAAUACUGUCAUUAACAGAAGACGCAGAACCAGCAUCGACUGCACAGGAUCCGUCUCGGGAGGUCAGGUAUUCUUCAUCUACGAACCCGACCCAUACAACCACGGCGCACCUAAAGACGGUCGACAUUGCUCGCGACGUCGCGAGGCAGUGUCGCUCCAACAGAUAUAACAAGGACGCACAAGAGCUUGCUUCAAUUCUCAGCUCUCCGCACGUUGACAAGCUAUUGGACGCUCACGACCAAGUGGCACUUAUGACGCUCCGAAGGCAACAGGAGCGUUUAGGGCUACAGGUGUUGAGCACGCAGAGGAGCGUCGUCUCCAACGUCUCUGUCCUCGGAGACACCCAUCAACAACCAAAAGCCACUGCUACCAAUAGUCAGACCGUUAGCAAAGGUAAAGGACCACGGGCUGAGCAAGAAGCAGCGUCUGACGAGUCCGCCAGCGAAGAGGAAAAGGGCGAGCAAGAGUUUUAUGGUAAAAGCUGUGAACAAGACAACCACGAGAGCAGUGUUUCAUCAGAACGCGAAAGCAGCGCCGAUUCCCUAGCUGACAAGCCGAUCAAGGUCGUGGGCGUCAGGAAGAUCGAAACUGAGCCACUAGGAAUAACCGUCGAAGUAUGCCCCGAAUCUGGCCGACUACGCGUUGCUCGUAUUUUGGCUGGCGGUACAAUAGAAAAACAGGGCUCGCUCCGGGUCGGCGAUAAAAUUAUAGAAAUGAACAAUAUUCGCGUGUCGACAGCUGAGAAUCUUCAGACAAUGUUGCGAAAAGCGAAAGCGGGUACCAUUAUUUUCAAGGUAAUUCCUUCACCAAAUGACCAAUCGAUGCACACAAAUAGCUUCGUGAAGGCACUGUAUUCGUAUGAUCCGACUAAGGACUCACUCUUGCCUUGCAAAGAGAUCGGCUUAGCAUUCAAUAUGGGAGAUAUUCUACAAAUCCUGAAUACGGAGGACCCAAACUGGUGGCAGGCCCGACGGGUCGGCACGUGGGGUCACGCUGGCCUCAUUCCAUCGCAGGAGCUUGAAGAGCGACGAAGAGCUUUUGUUCCAGCGGAAUUUGACUACGCAACUACGACUACAAUGUGUGGCACGAAGUUGACCCGUCAUAAGCGCACGAUAUUCUACGAGACUCGGCUGGCAGACGAGUUCGAGAAGGCGGAGCUCGCUCUUUACGAAGAAGUGACAAAAAUUCCCCCGUUUGAGCGGAAAACAUUAGUGUUGGUGGGUGCUAACGGAGUCGGUCGACGAUCUCUGCGAAAUCGCUUAAUCGAGGAGCAUCCCGGGCUAUUCGGCGUCCCCUUGCCACAUACAUCUCGGCCGAUUCGCGUCGAUGAAAUCGACGGCAAGGUGUACCAUUUCGCUAGCCGGGAACGGAUGGAAGCCGACAUCGCCGACAACGCUUAUCUCGAAUGGGGUGAAUUCGGGGGACAUUUGUACGGUACAAAGCUAGAUUCAAUACGCGAAAUCAGUAACAAGGGUCGUAUGGUGAUUCUCGAUUGUAGUCCACAGUACCUAAAGGUGUUGAAGAGUCCUGAAUUUAUGUCGUAUGUUGUGUUCAUCGCUGCCCCACCAAUACCAGAACUCAGAGGGCUCCAUGAGGGCGGAAGAUAUGGAAGUAAAUAUGGAAAGCUUGACCUUAAUCUCACCUUUGAUCGGGCCAUGAGUCGUCAAAGUCGCAGGGCUCUCACCCUCCAAAGCUUGGCUUCUCUCCAAGAAGAUGAAGACCUCAAACGCACGAUCGAUGAAAGCGCGCGUCUUGAGCGACAGUUUGCCGCGUACUUUGACUCCACCAUAGUUAAUCACGCCUUCGACAAGACCUACGAACAACUGAAGGAACUUAUCGAACGCACUAAGACCGAACAACAGUGGGUCCCCGUAUCCUGGGUGUUUUAGUCUAACUCAACUGUGUACUUCUAAAAAAUAGCUGGAGUCGAUAGCAUUCGCGUCAGAUCUGUUCUACUGCGAGGUCUAGAGACAUCAAUAGAUCCUCAAAAUAGCCAAUUCAUACAAACACCGUCUAGAAGCUUGACACAGGCGCGGAUCACUCCUUGUAGCAAUGUAAUUACAGCAGACGUACACACCGGCAUUAAUACACAUAUACAUACAAACACUGAACUCGCCUAGGGUACAGGAGCUUGGCUACCCUAACGAAUCAGUGGGAAGUCAAAACAGAAUAUGGAACUUCUGAAAAAGUGGACUCGACAAAGAAGUAUCGAGAACAUUACAUUGUCAGGACAGCCGCUAUGGAGGGUAUAGACGUCCUGCGGACGGACAAAUGGUCUCAACGAGAAGGCGAUAAGAGGUCUCCACUCAACGACUAAUUCAUUAUUGCGCUACAAAUAGAUAUCAGUACGCAACCAACAUUCUAUUGAGUCUCAGACUUAGGCUUUUCAAAAUCGGUGCAUCAGGUUGUUAGUACCUACUAUCUGAUAAAGGAGAAGUUGGGAGUCGAAAGUAGUUAUGUUUGCUAUGAAUAUAUGCUGAGAGAACGUAUGCUGUGCCUUCGAAUGAAUUAGGCAGGAAAUCCUAGGCAGACCGAUAACUGCAUGGUGCUAAUUUUAACAGCGAACAGAUGCGUAAACACACGGAACGCUACUGAUGGUGUACGCAUAGGGACGCAGACGAUGAUUUGGAUAAGUACUGCCUGACGCUGGUGUUUUAAGCGCUCAUAAAGGUUCAGCCUUCCAUAAAACAGAAAGAACAGCCAUUAACAAACCGGCAGCUAUUGAGGGCAAUAUAAAUGGUAUAUAUCAAAUAAAAUUUGCUGACGAAGGUAAGAAGUGACGCGAGACGCUUCGAGGUUAGAUGUACUACAAUGAAAUAGAUGACGAACCUGAGGUGUCCUAGGCACAAACUUCAUAACCGAAUAUUGUACUUAAUAACGGAAAAUAUAAAAAAUAUGCUAAAAUGAUUGUAUAUAUACACAUUUUAGUUGAGUAUAAUCUUUUGUCAUACCAUAUCUCACUAACUAUGGUCUUUCGCUAAACAGCAAAGAGUUAAUGAUAGAUGUGUUAACGAGCUGUCUAUUUAUAUAUUCAUUAUCAUAACAUGUGAGUGCGGAAAAUGAGGAGUAGUAGAAAUUAUAUGUCGUAGGAUCCAAAAAAACGUUUUAUCGAAUAUGAAAACCUAACAGCGAACCUUAAAUUUUCUUCUGCUAUUAGCGAAUUUUUAUCUAGAAAUUUUUUUAAAUUACUCCUAUGAUCUUUCGCUGGGAGCAGUCGAUCCUCCGUUUUUAUGGAUCCAUCGAGAUUGAGUUUUUUGAAAAUGUUGUACUGCACGCAAAAAUGAAAAACUGAGCUUCAUAAUGAAUUUAUUUUAUUAUUAAAUGAAAAUUCAUUAACAGCACAAUGUCGUCCUACCUUCAAAGUAAUAUAAUGAUAUAGGAAUCAAGCAUACUGCCUUAUUUUACAGAUGAAUAUAUACAAAUAAAUAACACAAGAGAGUCGUAC